AUGAGCUUGUUCUUGAAGGUCAUUCAUGAUGAAAUAACUGUUGUAGAAGAUGUUAGCAAUUGUUCAGACAUUUUAUUGAGAAUAGAUGAGAUAAGAAAGAAGUUAGAUAGACCGCAAACGGACUCUUUGAGUCCUGAAGGUCUUUCAGACCGAAGCGGUGAGGGCGAAGCCCGUGAGAACGCUUAUGUUUCAUUGACUUUCUCCAGUAACGAGAACUUUUAUGAGAUAAUAUUGAAGAGAGAUGAUUUUAAUAUGGUGUAA